ACAACGUGCUCGAACGAGCAUUCUGAGAUUGACCGAUUCGGUGUCACCAUCCACCGGUCUCCAAAGAAGCAAAAGGUGUCCCGGUUUGUGCACAUUUGUAAUUCUAGUUCUUGACAAGGAUACUUUAUCGGCUACAGGUGAUCUUCCGUGACCGGCAGCUAGUCGGUGGUCUGAGCUAGUGAUGAAUGGAGUAGUGCAUAAUUUAAACUGCUAAAUGCCGCAUUAGGCAGGAUCAGCGUGGUUACUGUUCAGUGAAUGAGUUUCAGCGAACUUGGCGGAUACAAUUGGUGCUAAUAACCACAGGAAGUGAAUCUUGUUUACGAUCUUUUUGGCGUACGGUUGGAUCUCCGUGGAUUAAUUAUGCAGCGCGUUACCCUUCAAAUAACAUUUUGGAUGAUGGUGCUGUUGGAUUCAAGUCUGGUGUUCGGAAGACCUAUGAGUGAGAAGAGGAGCUCUGAUUCGGUGCAUGCUAAAACAGCGGAAACACCCAGAUAUCUGGAAGUGCAGUAUGAUGAUUAUCCGAUGGUGGUUCCUAAGCGGGCAGCGAUGCUCCUGGACCGGCUGAUGGUGGCGCUGCACCAUGCACUAGAACGGGAUGGAGGUGAGGGCGACAACGGCCGGCCCAUCAAUAAAGUUUACCGUGAUUCAAAGUACGGUGGGCGCCCGGUCACAAAUGGGAUGGUCAAGCUGCGUCAAAACCAACAGCAGCCCAGCAAGACGGAGCAACUGAUGAAGUCGUAUUAUGAGGAGGCAGAAGCCAAUGAUUCGGUAGAAGCCAACGUUAUACCCGAUGAUCUUGAUGAGUUCGAGGGUCGUAAGGAACUUCUGGACGAAAUGGUAAAAAACUAAAGAAAUCGAAAUUUCUAUUGAUGGACAUACAUACGAGGGGCACUGAGGAUAAAACCAAAAAGGGUCGAUACUGGAAGUGUUACUUCAAUGCUGUCAGUUGUUUUUGAGCGACAGGGCUGAGACGAAGGCGGACGUGUUAGAGUAAAAUUAGUUAGUUCUUCAAUCAACAGCAAAUAUGAAUACAAUCAAUAGCAGCAGCUUCAAUCUACCGAAAAGAGCAUUAUCAGAGGAAACAAAUCAAAAACCGCAAAACGCGGAACAUUGGAAAGAACUGAAAUUGUUUCAACCAUAGACAUUAGAUUUUCAUCUAUUGUAUAAUAAAAUUAUACGUUACCAUCCCAUGAUACAGGAUGUUUCGAAAAGCAUGAAUGCAAUUUGAAAAUUAAAACUGAAAUAUAUGUUUUUCGAGCA